AUGAAGAAAACCAAUAAAAAUGGGAACACAAUUUGGCGCUGUGUGAAACAAAAUAAAGGACUAUGUAACGGCAGUUUGAUAGUACGAGGCGUCAUAGAGUUUAUGCCCAGCAAAGGAGGUAAAGGGAAAGUGCUGCUUUUCAAUGGUUUCACUUAUAACAAUAUGGGUAACAAAAAUCGUUGGUACUGCAACAGGAUAAAGCGCGGUUGUAAAGCAAGAGUCCAAUUAAUGAAUGACGUGGCGUCUUGGAGUUUCUGCCCAGUAACCGUGGCAAUGGGCAAAUUCUGCUUUACAACGGUUACACCUAUGGGAAUAUGGGAAACAAGAAUCGUUGGUAUUGCUCGAAGAAAUCGCGAGGAUGUAAAGCAAGAGUACACAUAACAUGGGAAACGUUAUCUUGUCUGUUCAAAUCAAAGAAGUAAAAACUGCUCCGCCAGAUUGAAGAUGGAUUCCACUGGGCUUGUUGUGAUUGAAGCUAAUGACAAACACUCUCAUCCUCCGCCACAGUUGUAUAAAACAGUCGAUGACUUCGGUAAAUUGGAUUUGUUGCCUAGAAUAGACGGUGCUCCAUAUGUGACGUACAAAAAUUACUCAUUCUCCUAUAUAAGUAAAACAAAACGUCUACUCAUGUGCUCCAGCAGACUCAGCAAGAAGUAAUUAGAUAGAGUGAUAUUUUUGCCGACAAAUAAAGGAAAACAACUAAUGAUGUACAAGAAAUAUACGUUCUCAUACAGGAACGGGAAACGGCAACUCGUGUGCUCGAGUGAAUUGAGCAAGAAGUGUAAAGCGAAACUGACCAUGGAUAAGACGGGUCUUGUUGUUCUACGUGCUAAUGUUGAGCACAAUCACCCUCCACCCGUGUACCAUAAAACAUUAGAUGAAAGUCUUCAAGCAAUGAAGAAUAAAUUUUACGAGAGAGUAACCCGCCUAAAGUCUCUUAAAGGGAAACCAUCACAACUGUACACGAAAAUCGAAUAUUUACAGCUGAUAAACCUCGUCAGGAUUAGCAGAACGAAGACUAAAAACAAAACGCCAAUAGAUUAUCACAGGUGUUGCAACUUUGAUAUACUCAGAGAGGGCGACACGGAUAAGCUAAUAGUACCUCUCAAGGAUAAGGUGGGACCAGUUAGAUACUUCACGUAUUUAGAGGAGAUGUUCGAUAUUAUACACGACACACACAUGUCGACGAAGCAUGGUGGUCGUGACAAAAUGAGGAAACUUCUACAGCCCCAGUUCAAGAAUAUCACACGUGAAAUUAUCAUGCAAUAUUUGAACGUUUGCGUGGUGUGCCGUAAAAAAGGCAAUAAGAAGGAUACAGAUGAGUAGAUUGUAAACUAAGAAGUGGAUGAGACA